UGAAACAUAUAUAAUUAUAAAAUUAUAAUAAUCAAGGUAAUACGAUUUCUUGUCAAACAAAAUCAAGAUUUCAUAAAGGUGGUCACGUUUGGAGAUUCUGAAUAGUUGUUUCGCUGGAGGCGUUGAAAUAGCCUUCUUUAACAGCUCACUUCGUUUCACAUUCCAAAAUAGAUAAUGGCAUCUUUCUUGGACAAGGCAGCUUCUACUCUUAAUGAAGCCAAAGAAUCCGUUACAGCCACUGUUGAAUCCGUCGGUGCUUCUCUAACUGAUGCUCAAAAAAACGUUGCAGCCUCCACUGAAACUGCCAGAACCUCUCUAGCCGAUGCUCAGGAAACCGUUGCAGCCACAACUGAAACGGUCAAGACCGAAGCCGAAGCUGCGCCAGGGAAAGUGUCUGAUGUGUCCACACAGGCAAGAGAUGUUUUGGGCAAUUAUAUGUCAAGAGGUAUAGAAGGAGCCAAAACUUUGAUCCAUGGUUUGGAAGAGAAGAAGACUGAAGUUUCCACCAAGCUUGUUGGAGCUUUUACCAAUGCUGUUGGUGGAGCAUCGAGCAGUACCACCGUGGCGAGCCGAGACCUUCCCAUAUCCACAGACAAUCAGCCUUUGUUAACUGGUGAGCGUGGGGUUGAUACAACGCCAUGGUGGAAAAACUGUUGUGGAGUUCUUGAUCUUCUCAAGACAUCUACUACAAAAUAAAAUGUCAAGCUGAUGAAGAAGAAGAACAGAGAGACAGCACUAGAAGAAAGAACCCACCUGUAAAAGCCUUUUGAUUAUUUAUUUCCUUCCUUUUUUAUUUUGGUUUGAUAUUGUGUCUAUCUGUCUUUGUUUUUAUUUUGUAUUUUGAUAUCUUGAUUGUUCCCAUGAACUUGUGUAAGAAGUAAGAACCAAUAAACCCAAAAACAAGUAAUUUCUUUUGUGAUGAGU